GGAAGGAUGUAUUACUAGAUGCUCAACUUGUACGUAAACAUAAAUAGUUCAUACAAAUAUGAACUGUACAAUUAAAGCGUAUAAAUCUUCAUACUUGUAAAUUCUAACUUUAUAAAACAGCUUUUCUUAAAAUAUGAGUAGGGAGGAGCAGUUUAUAUAUUUUGGCCAGUGUAAGAUCAGCACGUUUUCCUCUGAUUUUGCUAGUUCCGGUCAGCUGGAUCCCUGUAACUGUUCCAGCUAUUACCAGUUGACCAAUGGCCCCACCCCAACAAAGGAACGCCAUGUAUGUGACCCCAGUCUGUUCUGGAACCACGAGUCUAGUGAAUGCACGGCUGGUGACCUGGUCAUUAAACUUGGUCUCUGUGAUCCAGCAGUGCCUUGGAACAGAUGUGCCAAUAUAAAUGAAGUCGGCAGCCUCGUGAUAAAGAACGACUGUGUCCGUAAGGGUUUCUACAGCCCUGCACCUUUACCAGAUCAGACGGCGGCCUACAUUUCCCCGCACACUCUACCCAACCAUGUUCAGAUGGCAAACCUGCAGCUGGCUGGUCUUUCACUGCUGGCUGGGGUUAUCAUCACCACGCUGUUAACUGCAGUGUUGCUCACUUUCUGUGCAAAACACCUCCGGAGGAUUCUUGUUCCACCACCCAGAUAUGAACACAGAAACAGCCAAGGAGAUGAAAACCAACACUCAUAUGAUGAUAUUGCCGAAAAUGAGAUGGUGGCAACCCAAAGUCAUCCUGCAUCUCAAGCCAGUAGGCCACCCAUCAAACCACCUCCAAAACCUCUAAAGCCAGCUGGCCCGCAUACAGCUUCACCGCAUGGAAGAUGGUGAUAAAAACAACCAACAUAAAUGACUUGAAUAGGCAUUCACAAGUGAAGAAAUAUAUUUGUGUACAUCAUGAAUUUAGUUUGAGAUAAACUGCUUGUUGUUCAGAAAAAAAUCAGGUAACCAGUGUCAGAACAAAGUUUAUUUAUGAACAAAAAAGAACAUUAAAAUUGCAAUGCUAUUUGCUGAUCUUGUAUUUGGACAGAACUUGCUGUAACAAUACAUUACGAUUUAUAUUACGAUUGUGCCGAUGAUCGAUUAAAAUCGACAAUUGACCGGAAAGGCCUUCGUCGGCGACAAUCGAUAAUAAAAUUUGAACAAUCGAUUAUAGAAACAAGGGACGUAAACGCUACCGACUGAUUUUCUUUUUUCUGGUUAAUGCUAGUUAAUGUUAAGGUGUUACUAUGUUCAGUUAUAUAAUCAAAUUCUUAUCAAGUCAGUAAGUCACUUCAAUACCUUAUUACAUUUUUUUGGUAAUUUGACUGUUAAAGAAUUGGUUCUAAACUUCUCAUGUAUGUGCCUAUGUGGUUUAAAAAUGAUUUUUAAAACAUGCUACCGUUUACUUCUUACCAUGUAAGAAUUUAGUUUUUUCAGUUUUCUGUAAAAAAAUAUUCUUGUAAAACGUAGAAUAUUCAACUGCUUGCUGUACUUGUAACUGACUAUUAAAAAGAAGUUGAUAU